UACGCGGUUGUUCCGGCCCCGGCCAGCCAGGCAGGCAGACACGCGCGGAGGUUGCGGCCAUGGCGCUCUACAACUUUAAGAAGAUUAUGGUGGUUCCUUCCGCCAAGGACUUCAUCGAUCUGACAUUGUCGAAGACUCAGCGAAAGACUCCGACAGUCAUUCAUAAGCAUUAUCAAAUCCACCGCAUUCGACAGUUUUACAUGAGAAAAGUUAAAUACACCCAGCAAAAUUACCAUGACAGACUCACCCAAAUCUUAACAGAUUUCCCAAAAUUAGAUGAUAUCCAUCCUUUUUAUGCAGAUUUGAUGAAUGUUCUGUAUGACAAAGAUCAUUACAAGUUGGCCUUAGGACAGAUUAAUAUUGCCAAGAAUCUGAUUGACAAUGUUUCUAAAGAUUAUGUGCGCCUGAUGAAAUACGGUGAUUCCCUUUAUCGAUGCAAACAGUUGAAACGGGCAGCUCUGGGACGUAUGUGUACAAUUAUCAAAAGGCAGAAGCAAAGUUUAGAAUAUUUGGAACAAGUGCGACAACAUUUGUCCCGGUUGCCAACUAUUGAUCCCAAUACACGAACUCUUCUGUUGUGUGGCUACCCAAAUGUUGGAAAAUCGAGCUUUAUAAAUAAGGUGACAAGAGCAGAUGUGGAAGUGCAGCCUUAUGCCUUUACCACAAAAUCCCUCUUUGUGGGACACAUGGAUUAUAGGUAUCUGCGUUGGCAGGUGGUAGAUACCCCUGGUAUUUUGGAUCAUCCUUUGGAAGAGAGGAAUACCAUUGAGAUGCAGGCUAUAACAGCGCUUGCACAUCUUCGUGCUGCUGUGCUUUUUGUAAUGGAUGUGUCUGAGCAGUGCGGGCAUAGUCUGGAGGAGCAGCUAGAACUCUUCAGAAAUAUUAAACCUCUAUUCGCUAAUAAGCCUCUUAUAAUUGUAGUGAACAAGUGUGAUGUGAAGAGGAUUUCUGAACUUCCUGAAGAAAAUCAGAAAAUGUUUGAAAAUUUAGAAACAGAAGGAUUUCCUGUCAUAGAGACAAGUACUCUAACAGAAGAAGGUGUGAUUAAAGUUAAAACAGAGGCCUGUGACAGACUGUUGUCCCAUCGUGUUGAUACCAAAAUGAAAGGAAAUAAGGUGAAUGAAGUGCUGAACCGACUACAUUUAGCUGUACCAAGCAAAAGAGAUAAUAAGGAAAGGCCACCUUUCAUUCCUGAGGGAGCAAUAACACGUAAGAAACGCAUGGAAGUAGAUGCACCUAAAAAGAGGAGGGAGAGAGAUCUUGAAGUGGAAAUGGGAGAUGAUUAUGUUUUGGAUCUUCAGAAAUACUGGGAUCUAAUGAAUUCAUCUGAAAAAUAUGAUAAGAUACCUGAGAUCUGGGAAGGACAUAAUAUAGCUGAUUAUAUUGAUCCAGAUAUCAUGAGGAAACUGGAAGAGUUGGAGAAAGAGGAAGAGCUGAAGCAAGCUGCUGGGGAAUAUGACAGUGAACCAGAAAGUGAAGAUGAGGAAAUGAUGGAAAUCAGACAACUGGCACAACAGAUUCGAGAAAAAAAGAAACUAAAAAUUCUGGAAUCCAAGGAAAAAGAUACUCAGGGUCCAAAAAUGCCUAGGACAGCUAGAAGGGUCCAACGGAAGAUACUAGAGAAGGAGAUGAGCACCCUUGGUCUUGACAUGGCUGGUAAAGAUGAAGCACAUUACAUGAUCCAAGCAAGAAGAUCCAGGAGUGUUACUAGGAAACGUAAACGUGAAGAAUCUGAACCCCCUAAGUCUGCAGCACGCAGUCGCAGUUCCUCUCGCACACCACGUGACACUUCCGGUCUGCGAGAUGCAAAGAUGGUGAAGAAGGUUAAGACUAUCAUGAAGAAUUCUCAAAAGAAAAUGAAUCGCUUGGGCAAGAAAGGAGAGGCAGAUAGGCAUGUAUUUGACCUUAAACCCAAACAUUUACUGUCUGGGAAAAGGAAAUCUGGUACAACACAGAGAAGAUAAAACAUUUUUCUGAAUUAAAACUA